AUGGAGGGCAUGGAGGUGUUUGGGAGCCGCCCUCUCGCUCCUGUGCUGUUUGCGCUGGCGGCAUGCCAGCCACAGUGGAGAAAGGGCCGAUCGAAGGCAGUGCGCCUGGGUGCUUGCUGGCUCGUUGUCUGUUUCGUGCUGGGCCUGGCGGCUUGCGGGCCGCCCUGGUGGAGGAAGGGCCGGCCGCGGAAGCUGCACCGCAGCUAUUCCGAAGUCGAGCUGUUGUCCCAUCUGGCGGAGCUGCUGAUGCCGCGGCAACCCAUCAGCAGGCUCUUUCGAGACUUUCCUGUAGGGCCGCACUGGCUGAGCCCGGGCAUAGCUGCCUUUGGCGUGCUGGAGGCGGAGGCUGCCGCUCUGUUCGUCGAGUACCAAGGAACCGACAGGCACCCGGAUGUGCAGCCUGGCAGUUGGGACGAGCUCAAAGCGCAAGCUCUGCUUCAAUAUGCGCCCAAGGGCUCGUGCCUGCUGCGAAUAGGCCACAAAGAGCGUGACUUGACCAAGACCGACAGUUCGGUGGAUGCGAUCGUGAAUGUGUGGCGCGAAGGGCAUGAGCGGUCACUGAUGAAUGUUGUGAGCCAAACCGUCUGGGCCAUGCUGAGUAGCCGCGAAAUCGUGCUUCGAGAGGAUGUUCGCCGGCGUCUAGAUGCCUUUGAGAUCUUUGAGGUCACCGAGCCGAAGCCAAGAUUUAAAAAGGCACGCAAGUUUGCCCGCAAGGCAAUGCUCAUCAACGACGUCCAGACAGAAAAGGCUGCUGUGCUUGGCUUUUUGGACGGGGAUCUGGGUCUUUCAAAGUCCCAGAUCAAGGCUUUAGCGAGCAAGUUUCCGCGAAUCUGGGGCAUCAGCGUAGACGGUAAGUUGAAGCCGCUGGUGGGGUGGCUUGGGGAACUCGGUCUGACCCGAAAGCAGAUGGCUAAAGCCAUUUGCUUGUCUCCUGCACUCUUGUACAGCAGCAUUGAGGAGAAACUAGCUCCAGCUCCGGCGCCGCCGUCUCUGCGAUGCGAUGAGCGGAGGGGCCGUCCGAGGAAAAGGCACCGCAGCUAUGCGGAGGUGGAGCUGCUGUCCAGGCUGGCGGAGCUGCUGAUGCCGCAGCAGCCAAUCGGCAACCUUUUUCGGGACUUCCCGGCAAGGCCCUCGCAGGAGCCGCAAAUGCUCAGCCCGGGCAUCGCGACGUUCGGCGUGCUGGAGCAGGAGGGCGCAGCCCUCUUCGUCGAGUACGAUGGAAGCGAUGGGCAUAGGGAUGCAGAGGAUGGCAAGGAGGCCGAGCUUAAGACGAACGCUCUGCUCCGAUACUCGCCCAAGGGCUCGCAGGUGCUGCGAAUAUCCCAUGCGGCGCGAGUGGACUCCGGAAGGGCUGCACAGUGCGUGGAUGCCAUCGUCAAUGUGUGGCGGGAAGGGCAUGAGCCGUCGCUGACAAAAGCUGUGAGCCAGACCGUCUGGGCCAUGCUGACUAGCCGCGAAAUCGUGCUUCGAGAGGAUGUUCGCCGGCGUCUGGAUGCCUUUGGGGUCUCCGAACCGAAACCAAGAUUCAAUAAGGCGAGCGAGUUUGCAAGCAAGGCAGUGGUCAGAGACGUCGAGGGGCAGAAGGCCAACGUGCUUGCUUUUUUGGAAGAGGAUUUGGAUCUCUCCCGCCCCCAAAUCGAGGCAUUGGCCAGGAAGUGUCCAACAACCUUCUGGGGCAUUAAUGUCGAUGGCAAGUUGAAGCCGAUGGAGGUGGCCAAGGUCAUUGCUCGCUUGCCUCAAGUGUUCGGAUACAGCAUUGAUGCCAAGCUGAAGCUCACUGUAACGUGGCUGGAGAAGGUCGGGCUGACCCGGUCGGAGGUGGCAGGAGUCAUUGCAACUUUCCCACAAGUGCUCAGCCUCAGCAUCGAGAACAAUCUCUCUCCGAAGCAUCUCUUCUUAUUGGAACACUUCUCCCGUGACGAAGUCCGAGAUAUGAUCCUGUAUCUUCCUGCGCUACUGGGCUAUGGCUUCUCUCGGCUCCGCCAUCGCCUACACGUGCUGCAGAAGCACGAGGCUGUGUCAAGGCUGGCUUCCGCCAUGAGCUUGACGGAUGCUCGCUUUGCGGACGCCGGCAGUCUUACGACCAGAGCCGUGGCCUUGGCGCGGGAGAAACCAUGUCGGUAUGCCAACGCGAAGCCCAAGAUGGCCUUGCUUGAGGAAGCAGGUCUGCAGAAGGAGCAACUUGGCGUGACGACGAACUCAGUGACGGAGGUGUUUUCAAGCCACUUCUCCAGUGUCGCUGCGUCGCCCUUGCCUGAUCCUGCUGGAGUUGUGAUUGCUUGUCGAGCGAAGUUUGACGAUCCCUCGCUGCAAGAGCGUGCGAGAAAGGACCACGCCUUGGUGUCUUCACCUGGGCAAGAGCAAGGUGAAGUCCUGAAUUUACCAGGCAUCACUGCACUCUCCGUGAAUGCCUUUGCUGCUCUUGGCUUCAGCAUUGGCAUGUCCUUUCCUCCGAAAGUUGGCAGAUGGCGAUCGAAGUUUUUGACGGGGGUAGAGCGUUCUCACUCGCCUGUCCUCGCUAUCGCAGCCUUUCACAACAUUGAGAGGCGCCUGGGAGCUGUUUCUUGGCUCCUCGGCUGUCUCGCGCUUGGCUUGGCAGCUUGUGUGCCACCAUGGUUAGUGGAGGGCCGACCGAGACCGAGGGCAUUGUGCGGCGAGCAUCAGUGCAGUUUAGCGGCAUCUCAAGCCGAUCGAGGCCUUGAUCCCGCGCGGAAGUUUUCGACUCAGUCAGCGCUCACCAGCAACUUCAAGGCCAAGGAGACCGAUGUGAUGGGUUUCUUGGAAAGGGAGCUGCAGCUUUCAGUAGCAGCAAUCCAGGCAAUGGAAAACAGGUAUCCAAGCAUCUGGGGCAUCAGCAUCGAGAACAAGCUGAAGCCCACAUUGGUCGCGAAGAUCGUUUCCAUUUUCCCUCAAGUGCUCAGCCUCAGCAUCAAGACCAACCUAUCUCCCAAGCAUCUCUUACUGCGCGAGCACCUCUCUGAUGUGGAAGUCCGCGAUCUGCAGUCCAGCUUCCUGCGCUUGGAGCACUACUUUCGGUUUCUGCUUCCCUUGGCCUUGGCUCUCGCUGCAUCCAGCGACUCGGCCCUGCUGCCUGUGGCCAAAGUCGUUGCUGGCUUUCCUGCAGUGUUGAGCAACAGCAUCGAGAAUAAUCUGUCACCAAAACUUAUGCUUCUGCGACAUUUUUUCUCCAAAGCGGACAUUUGCUCCAUGAUUGUGUACCUUCCGCAGAUGCUCAGCCUCAGCUAUGCUCGUCUGUUCCAUCGAGUUCAAGUGCUGCAGGACUAUGACUGCUUGUACAAGCUAGCGAGGGUGAUGGCCUUGACUGAUGUGAAGUUUGCCCGGCGAUUCCCAAGAGGCAUUGCGGCAAUGUCUGUGGGCCUUGCGCAAGUGAAAAGAGGCGCAUCUCCCGGCAGGCAGGGCCGGCCGAGGACGGUGCACCGAAGCUUUGCGGAGGUGGAGCUUCUGUCUCGUGUGGCGGAGCUGUUGAUGCCAGGGGAGCCCAUCGGAGAGCUCUUUCGAGACUUCCCAGUGGAGCCCUCCGACGCGUGGGGCGUGCGCUGGCUGUGCCCCGACGUGACUUUGUUUGGGGUGUUGAAGGACGAGGAUGCAGCUUUGUUCAUCGAGUACGACGGGUAUCAUGGACAUUAUGAUGCACGAGGGCAGAAAGGGGACGAGCGCAAGACGAACGCUUUGCUUGACUAUGCACCCCCGGGCUCUUGCGUUCUUCGGAUAGGCCAUGCAGCUCGUAGCUUGACAGAGAGGACGAAUUCGAAGCAAGUAGUCGUAGACACAUGGUCUGCAGGCCAAGGGUGGAGAUUGAUGCAUGUUGUGCGACAAGUUGCGCGAGCCCUGCUUGACAAUUGGGGAAACGUACUUCGAGAGGAUGUGUGCGAGCAUCUCGACAAAAUUGUGGAAACCGAACCUUCGCCAGAUCAGCAUCAUGCCAGCAAGUUUGCGAGUGAGGCUCCGCUCACCAGCGACAUCGAGACCAAGAAGACCGGAGUGAGUGCCUUCUUGGAGAAGGAGCUGAAGUUCUCGAAGAAAGGAACCCAGGCUUUGGCAAGCAAGCAGGGCCGGCCGAGGACGGUGCACCGAAGCUUUGCGGAGGUGGAGCUUCUGUCUCGUGUGGCGGAGCUGUUGAUGCCAGGGGAGCCCAUCGGAGAGCUCUUUCGAGACUUCCCAGUGGAGCCCUCCGACGCGUGGGGCGUGCGCUGGCUGUGCCCCGACGUGACUUUGUUUGGGGUGUUGAAGGACGAGGAUGCAGCUUUGUUCAUCGAGUACGACGGGUAUCAUGGACAUUAUGAUGCACGAGGGCAGAAAGGGGACGAGCGCAAGACGAACGCUUUGCUUGACUAUGCACCCCCGGGCUCUUGCGUUCUUCGGAUAGGCCAUGCAGCUCGUAGCUUGACAGAGAGGACGAAUUCGAAGCAAGUAGUCGUAGACACAUGGUCUGCAGGCCAAGGGUGGAGAUUGAUGCAUGUUGUGCGACAAGUUGCGCGAGCCCUGCUUGACAAUUGGGGAAACGUACUUCGAGAGGAUGUGUGCGAGCAUCUCGACAAAAUUGUGGAAACCGAACCUUCGCCAGAUCAGCAUCAUGCCAGCAAGUUUGCGAGUGAGGCUCCGCUCACCAGCGACAUCGAGACCAAGAAGACCGGAGUGAGUGCCUUCUUGGAGAAGGAGCUGAAGUUCUCGAAGAAAGGAACCCAGGCUUUGGCAAGCAAGUUUCCAAGAAUUUGGGGCAUCAGCAUUGAGCGCAAGCUGAAACCUCUUGUUGGGUGGUUCGAGGAUGUUGGGCUGAGCCGACAACAGGUGGCCAAGGUCGUGGCCGGCAAGCCUCAAGUGUUGGGCUGCAGCAUCGACGGCAAUCUGAAGCCCACAGUGGCGUGGCUCGAGGAUGUUGGGCUGAGCCGACAACAGGUGGCCAAAGUCGUUGCUGGCUUUCCUUCCGUGUUGGGCUACAGCAUCGACGGCAAUCUGAAACCCACAGUGGCGUGGCUCGAGGAUGUUGGGCUGAGCCGACAACAGGUGGCCAAAGUCGUUGCUGGCUUUCCUUCCGUGUUGGGCUGCAGCAUCGACGGCAAUCUGAAGCCCACGGUGGUCUGGCUCGAAGAUGUUGGGCUGAGCCGACAACAGGUGGCCAAAGUCGUUGCUGGCUUUCCUUCCGUGUUGGGCUACAGCAUCGAAGUCAAUCUGAAGCCCACGGUGACCUGGUUCGAGAAUGUUGGGUUGAGCAGACAACAGGUGGCCAAAGUCGUUGCUGGCUUUCCUCAAGUGUUGGGCUGUAGCAUCGACGGCAACCUGAAGCCCACAGUGGCAUGGCUCGAGGAUGUUGGGCUGAGCCGACAGCAGGUUGCCAAAGUCGUUGCUGGUCACCCUCAAGUCUUGGGCUGCAGAAUCGAGGGCAAUCUGAAGCCCACAGUGGCCUGGCUCGAGGACGUUGGGCUUAGCCGACAGCAGGUUGCCAAAGUCGUUGCUGGCUUUCCUCAAGUGCUGGGCUGCAGCAUCGACGGCAAUCUGAAGCCCACAGUGGCGUGGCUUGAGGAUGUUGGGCUGAGCCAACAACAAGUGACCAAAGCCGUUGCUGGAUUUCCCCAAGUGUUGGGCUACAGCAUCAACGGCAAUCUGAAACCGACAGCAGUCUGGCUCGAGGAUGUUGGGCUGAGCAGACAGCAGGUGGCGAAAGUCGUUGCUGGCUUUCCUCAAGUGUUGGGCUGCAGCAUCGACGGCAAUCUGAAGCCCACAGUGGCGUGGCUCGAGGAUGUUGGGCUGAGCCGACAACAGGUGGCCAAAGUCGUUGCUGGCUUUCCUUCCGUGUUGGGCUGCAGCAUCGACGGCAAUCUGAAGCCCACGGUGGUCUGGCUCGAAGAUGUUGGGCUGAGCCGACAACAGGUGGCAAAAGUCGUUGCUGGUCACCCUCAAGUCUUGGGCUACAGCAUUGCCAACAACCUGUCGAAGAAGCUUUUCCUUCUGCAGCAGCGUUUCUCAAAAGAGGACGUUUGCUCCAUGAUUGCGUACCUUCCGCCUCUGCUUGGCUUUAGCUACGCUCGCCUGUGUCAUCGCCUGAACGUUCUGCAUGAGCAUGACUGCCUUAACAAGCUUGCGAGAGUGAUGGCGCUGACUGAACCGAAGUUUGCCCGGCGGUUCCCACCUUUGCAUCGCCGCAAGCGAACUUCGUCCAGGAGAGGUGGACCUGUUAGCCCACCGUCUUGA